UUUCGUCUACCUUACCUACACUACUCAUUCUUACUCAUGAAUGACGCGUUUGAGAUCAACGAACAUUGCCGAGUUGACCCGAACGUCAAUUACUGACUAAGAAGCGGAUUCAAACAUAUAAAUUGAUCUCAAUUUCAUUUCAUUUUGAAGUCCUUGGACUGCGCAUCUCGCUCAUAUGAAUAUAUAAUUACAUAUUGAUGUGAGCAGGAUGCGCUAAUUCAUAGCAACAACAGAUCUUGUACGAAUGCCGCCCCAGACUUAGUCGCAGUUUUAAAUCAUCUAGAACGACAGAAUAUAUUGGAUCAAAUUGGUGGCUGGACGUCUUUACUGGGUCUGUUCAAAAGUUAACUAUAGCGGUUCGGGUCUCAAACAAAGGGAAAACAAGGUGUCCGAGAAUAACUUGAGCAGACAAAAAUGAGGCAAUACAAAUACGCUGUGGUUGAAUUUUUGGAGCUGCCUUACGAAGACAUUGAAAAAUACGUGUACGUCCUAGACUCCUGGAUAAAGUGGUGCAGUAAAGAUAUUAGUGAAGUUACAGUGGCGUAUCCAAAUCAGAGAAAUAAAGAAACAGAUGAAAUGAUUAAACAUGAUGUUGAAUACUCGGAGUCUUGGCCUUUGUUCAAGGCAUCCGUAAAAGCUAGUACAGAUUCCUAUGCCUGUGCAAAAUUUGUAACUAAACGUUAUAAUAAAUCUAAAGAUGAUAGAAGUGACCGGGAUUUUAUAAUAUAUCCUGAAUUUCUGCCAUCAUUUCUAUUAUGUGACAAUGAUGAACAUGAAAACGAUGAAAAUGAAAACAACAAAAAUUACCAUUUUCCAACACGAGUCGAUGGAUGGUGCGUCAAGUAUCGAGAUGAUUCAUCGUUUACGUUGCCUCAAGAAUAUAACCCCAAUGACCCUAAAUGGAUGUUGAAACAUCGUGUGAAUAAAAAUGGACUUGUUGAACUAAUAAAAACAGAAAGAGACAAAGUAUAUGUCAAUGCCAAAGCGAUGGAAAAGUUGAAAAAAUCCAGGAAUUGCAUGGCCCUAGUUCGAAGUUUACUUGAAGAAGUGUUCAUUGAUAACGCUUUGAAUGUUUGCGAAUGGGAAAGGUCAAAAAAUUCUGCAAGGCCCGAAUUAAACAAAAAUGCACGGGAACAAUUAGUGAUGUGUGCUAUGAAAAUUUGUCAAGAGAAAGGUUGGGGGAUGAAUAGACACAAGAUCGAAAGUUGUUUACGGAGGAAGCUUGAAGAAAAUCAUAUCGCGACUUACGAUGUUAUUUUGGUAAGAAAAACAGUGGACAGUCAAAUACCCGUAAUUGAACUAUGCCGUGCUGACUCUAAAUCACAGUAACUGAAAAUUUUCCAAUUUUUGUCUUUUUUGUGAUCUGCAUCGAGAGGUCGUGACCUUAACCCGUGACGGGGGCAAAAAUACACCAGUGUUAAUGAUUUGUUCAAUGUGGACUAAAGUGAUAUCGAUAUCGAAACGAAGAAAUUUCUAAAUUAUAAUAACAAAUCAAACAAACGUGAUUCCUUGAAUUAAACCUUGUUAAUUAAGAGCGUCAGCUUUUUUAUUACAAACUGCAAGUUUUCAUUGAUUGCAACUGUAUAUUUAUAUUCAAUAUCUUACAUUAUCUAGAAUCGUUAUGACAAUCUUCAAAAUUCCGACAAAUAAUAAUUCAGCUCAUUUUAUUGUAAAAACGAUUAUAUGUAAUAUAUAAAAAAAACAUAACAUUGAUGUGGCAAGUACGCCAGAAGACUCAUAAGUAAGUUUAUCGACAUCGACUUAUAGUAAGUUUCACUUGCCCUCACUCUAUUUAAACGAUAAACCAAAUUUCCCCCGAAAUAUACGGGUAUAGUCGCAUUCUGGAACGACACGACGGCGAUGCCAUACUUUGAAGGAUGAAAUUUGAGAAGGAUAGUCUUGAACAGAUCGCCAAGAUCCUUGCUAUUUAAAUUUUAUAAAUUUUUAUUAGGACAAUAAAAAGUUAACGAAAAAUAGACAAUUUAUGUCCAACCACAGGUAUGGCGUCGUUCCACAUUAGAUCGUGACACAAUGGACCCGUGCAUAUUGGCACGGCUGCACUGCAUUUACAUUUCAUUUCAACUGUUGCCGUGCCAGGUGCGCAAAUAACCAGCCAUUGUGGAGUGUGCAUGGGAUUUAGCUCCUAUAGGCAUCUAAAAUCUGUAAGAAGACUAAUGCAAACUACUGGAUACUCUGAUGCAACACAGCAGGUAUAGCAACUCUAGUUUUUAAGCACUUUCGUUUAACUUCAUUGCACAAAUAAAUUCGAGCGUGCUGACAUGAAACCAUACUUGUAUGAAAUUGGAAUAAUAUCAGGGGCCCAUUUCUCGAACGGUAUUAGGCUAAUAUUAUUAGUCCACGAACUGGGGCCCAUUUCUCGCACGGUAUUAGUCUAAUAUUAUUAGUGCGUUGCCAUGGUAACCCAUACGAUUUGACAGUUGGUGAAAUAUAUCUAAUACGCUUGGGGAAAUAGGCCCCUGUCAAGCCUUGCCUCGGUCCUUCAGUCUACAAUCGAUUACCCGAUUGUAUUAGAAAUGCAACUUCCACUGAAGGAUUCAGAUCUAAACUAAAAAAGUGGCUUCUUGGAAAGAUGUUUUAUGAUUAUAGCGAGUUUUUUGACAUUCCACUUGUGAUUUAAUAAUUUAAUGCUUAUAACAGCUUGACAUUUAUAUUAUAUUGAUUAUAUUCUCAUUGUUAAUGAUUCAUAUACUGAUAAUUUUAAUAAUUAAUAAGGUAACACACCUAUAUGUAAUACCGACCUGUAACAAUUGUUACCAAUAAAGUUUUUCAUUUUCA